AUGCGCCUCGACCACUUCAGACGCAACCGCGCUGCCGACGACUCCUCUUCCUUCUCCACCGGCGCGCCUGCCCAAGGCGAGGACGCUGCUUCCCGAGACGCGUUGGAACAGGAGCAGAGGAGAAAGCGGGGAGAGAUGAGGGAUAGGAGGAGGAAUGAGAGGAAGGAGGAGAGGAGGAAGGAGAAGGCGGAGAAGGAUGUGAAGAAGGAGAAGAAGGCGGCGCAGAAGGGCCCGGCGGACGUUUCUGCCAAACCCGCCAAAACGCAACUGAUCGUCCCCCAACUCCCCGGCGCACCCAACGAAGAACUCCGCUCUCCGUUCCUUCGGUGGUCACUCCCUUCGUCGUCGCGCUGGCGCAUUUUGGAGAACCAGAAGGCCAAGUUGGCGGCGUUGCCGGAGGAUAAGAGGAAGGAGGCUGAAGAGAAGGAGAGGUGGGCGAAAGCGGAGGAGAGGGCUAGUGGAGGAAAGGUUGCCGACCAGGAAAAGGUUCUGAAGAAUGCCGUCAAGAGGAAGGAGAAGGGCAAGGCUAAGAGCGGAAAGGAAUGGUCUGAGCGUAAGAGAGAACUCCAAAAAUCAUCCGAAAUCGCCAUCAAGAAGCGAAACGACAACCUUGCCAAACGUCUUGAAGAUAAACGCAACAAGCGGGCUGGUGGAUCUGCCGACAAGAAGAAGGGAGGAAGUGGUGGGAAGAAGGGUGGAAGUGGUGGAGGAGGGAAGGGAGGGGCGAGUGGUGGGGCAAAGAAGGGUGGAAGACCUGGGUUUGAGGGGGGGAAGGGGAAGAAGUAG